AUGGCACUGCAAUCAGUGGAAAAAGUGUGGCAAGAUACUCCAGAGUUAUUGCGAUCUCUCUUAGAACAUUUGUUUGAGCUUAUAGCAGAUUCUAGUGAAAAACGUACUAAUCUUAGACUUAUGAGAGAUUUGCAGUUAGUACAAAAACUGUUACACAUUUUAAGCUAUGUUAAACAAAACGCAACCAGACAAGUUCUUUUAACUUUACUUGGUAUGUUAUUAAGUCAACCAAGAUCAGAUGACUUAUUAUUAUUCGGUCAAUUCAUUGUUGAUACUUUACCUCUUAGUUCAGAAAAAAAUUUAGUUUUACGUGAAGGACAAGGAAAUAGAGAGAGUGAAGGGGGAAAAAUUUUGUUACGAAAUCGCUGUCUUCAACUUUUACAUUCUAUUUUGUUUAGUGGCUCCACAAUUAAUACGAGUACUUGUGAAGAAGUACCGAAGGUAUUGGGGUACGAUUGGAUCUUACUGUUUCUUCAACCCAUUCUACAUAGUAGUACAGUUAUUUGGGGCUUGAGAAUUUUAGUAGCCAUCCUGUCAGUAGAAAAUCUGUUACUCAAGUUUAAGGAAGGUACUAGUAAUGCAGGUUGGUUGAAGCAUACGGAUCACAACAAAAUAGAUUCACACUUAGGUUUUAAUCCACAAUUAACUGGUGGUAAUACGACUGCCACAAGUCUGCAAGUGCCCGGAUUUCAACACUUAGAGUUAAUACUUCCCCAACAUAUUGAUCUUGUUCCUGAAUUAUACUUCUUAUUUAUAGCUCUAAUGAUGCGGCAACCAACUAAGUUAUUACCAGCUGAUUCAAAACUUGAUAUUGACAAUAUUUGGAAUUUCUUAUUUGGUGUACCAGCCAAUCAUUUUCCUUCACUAUUACCAUCUCGAAUAAGAUUGUGUCCCGAAGCAAUGGUGAUUUUACUUAUUUUAGUACGAAAAAUGGUGCAUAGUUACACAAGCAGCACAUUAGUCCCACCUGACUGGUUGACUGAGUCUCCCGUGACACUAGUGCAAUUUUUCAAUUAUCUGUAUCACACUUUUCAAGAAUUUAUGAUAACAUUUAUGAGUGGUGAGGUCUUAGGAGCUUUAGUGGCAACAAUAUUUCCAAUCUCUGAUAAUAUCAGUACCAUGGACAUCAGUGAUAAGAAUACCCCAGCUGAUGAGCAAGAGCUAAUAGUUAAAAAAUCUUCGUCAAUAGAAAUUAGAUUGACUAAUCAUCCAGUACGAGCUGUCGUCGUUGAGCUAGUGACGAGUAUCGUAAUAGAUUCACUAUCUUUACUAGCUCCCACAAAGUCUCCACCAGUUAUUGAUUUGGUUUUAGAUGCAUGGCCUGAACACGCCAGCUUAUGUCAGCAAAUUGAGUAUCAAACUGAAGUUCUAUCAAUUUUAAUGAAACACCUAUUACCAGCAGACAUUCUUAUUGGAAAACAAGCAGCCUUAUCGGUCGUGGACGGUGGAUGUGCUGAUAAUAUUUCUUAUAAUGUUUGUUAUAUUACAUCUAGAAUAGUUGAUAAACUAUGGCAAGGUUCAUUGAUGAAGAAUCCUCAUGAUGUUCUGGAUUUCACUAUCACACUUAUCAGUCAAGCAAAGAAAGUAUCAAGUUCGGUUGAUAUGGAAGGUCUUUAUCAUAGCCUUAAUAGAACUAUUUUAUUUCUAUUAUCACGACCAAGUAAUUGUAUUGCUGACCAGACACCAAUCUUAGAUGCUUUACAUAAGCUAACGAUACACAGGUUGCUUGUGUUUGGAGCUGGAAAUCAUGAGUUAAACUUUAUUAGUGGCCUAAUGUAUUGCUUGAUGCAAUUGAUGGCUAAUAUUAAAAUACCAUUAGAUACUAACAUAAGAACUACCUGGCACGUAAAUCCACAAAUUGAUGCUGGUGUUGAUACAUUUACCUCUGAUGAAGGUCAUAAACUUAUAAUAAACGCAGCUGUAAGAGUUUGGGAGGAGUUGUACGUAUGCAAGAAACCAGCUAUAGAAGAAGUUUUCAAAAUUACGCUUCCAUCUACAGUUGGCAAUGAACGUGCUCCUGACUUGUUUGUAGUUCGAGAACUAGUGCAUGAGAUAGCCCAACGACUUUGGAUGAAUUAUGUUAUAUCAGAAAGCAAAGUAUCCUAUCGAAUCCCAUUUGAGUUCCAGGGUCAGAUUCAGCUAGCUAUUAAUAAUAAAAUCCAAAAAGUUACCGGAGGUUUAACAAGAUUAGCUAGUAGAACAAAAGUUAGAAAAGAGGAGUACGGCAAAGAGAAAUUUAAACUAUGUUAUGAUACUAUUGUACUACAAACUGAACAGAACGUUUCGUUAGUCAAAGAAUUAGUGGCAGCAAAGAAAAAUCAAUAUGAACAAACUUGUUUACACAUGCAACGUUAUGUUUAUCAGGAAUGGUUACAGACAGAAAUAGAGCUCACUAGAGAGCGAGGUUUAUGGGGACCGCUUACACCUUCAGUACUUGAUAAGUGGAUGCUUGAUAUGACGGAAGGUCCAUGUAGAAUGCGGAAAAAAAUGAGGAAAAAUGAAUUAUUUUAUACUCAUUACCCAUUCAGACCUGAGCUGGAAAACCCCGAGAAUAAACACUUGAAAGUAAAAGUGGCAACAAGCUUUGACAGUAAAAUGUAUCAUUUAAAACAAUCGGGAACUCUGUUAGGGAUGUUUGAAGCAGAAAAAGAGUUAGUUGGCAGUGAAUUAUCGUUGAACUUGAAAAGGGCAUCAAGAGACUAUGAUUCACCAAUUGAAUCUAGCACUUUGGAGAGACAUGGGAGUGAAAUAGAUGAAAAUGUAGAAGAUAUAGAACAAGAAGACGACAGUCAAAAUUUACCUGACAAUAAGACACUUUCGAGAUUGUUGGAAGAUGGCGAAAGAAUCAGUUACAUGUUUAAAUGCGCGAGAAUCCAGGGCUUAGAUACGGCAGAAGGAUUGCUAUUAUUUGGCAAAGAGCAUUUUUAUAUUAUUGAUGGUUUUACAGUGAUAAAGUCCAGAGAAAUACGUGACAUAGAAAGCUUAGGUGAAGCCUAUAAUUCUAUUUUGCCUUGGACAGGAUCACCAGUACUAUUACGAAGACAAUGUUCCAAGUUUAGUUAUGAAGAUAUUCGAGAGGUUCAUAAAAGAAGAUACUUACUGCAACCGAUGGCCCUUGAAGUAUUUAGUGCAGACGGUCGAAAUUACUUGCUAACUUUUCCAAGAAAAGUACGUAAUAAAGUUUAUCAGAGAUUCAUGACGUUUGCCACAGCGAUUGCUGAUAGUGCGCAACAAUCAGUUGCUGGUCAAAAAAGAACUGCGAAUGUUGAGCAAGCAGCUGGUUUACUUUCAAGUCUUAUUGGUGAUACUUCAGUUACUCAGCGUUGGGUGAGAGGAGAAAUAUCAAAUUUUCAGUAUUUAAUGCAUUUAAAUACGCUAGCAGGUCGUAGUUACAAUGAUUUAAUGCAGUAUCCAGUUUUUCCAUGGAUUUUAGCUGAUUAUGAUAGUGACGAUCUUGAUUUAACAGACACAAAGACUUUUCGUGAUUUUAGUAAGCCAAUGGGCUCGCAAAAUCCUGAAAGACUUCUGCAAUUUAAAAAAAGGUAUAAAGAAUGGGAUGAUCCACAUGGAGAAACUCCACCAUAUCAUUAUGGAACUCAUUACUCUUCUGCUAUGAUAGUAUGCUCAUAUUUAGUUCGAAUGGAACCAUUUACACAGCAUUUUCUAAAGCUCCAAGGAGGCCAUUUUGAUUUAGCUGAUAGAAUGUUUCACAGUAUAAAAGAAGCAUGGUUUUCAGCAUCAAAACAUAACAUGGCUGAUGUAAAGGAACUAAUUCCGGAAUUUUUUUAUCUACCCGAUUUUUUAAUAAACUCAAAUAAUUUCGAUUUAGGUUUCAAACAAAACGGUACUCAACUUGGUAAUGUUGUUUUACCACCAUGGGCUAAACACGACCCUCGUGAAUUUAUUCGAGUUCAUCGACAAGCACUUGAGUGUGAGUUUGUGUCACAAAAUCUUCAUCAGUGGAUUGAUUUAGUUUUUGGCUACAAGCAAAAUGGACCUUUGGCAGUUGAUGCUGUCAAUGUCUUCCAUCAUCUAUUUUACGAAGGCAAUGUUGAUAUUUACAACAUACAAGAUCCAUUGAAGAAAACUGCGACAAUUGGCUUUAUAAAUAAUUUUGGCCAAAUACCAAAGCAGCUCUUCAAAAAGCCACAUCCAGCAAAAAAAAUGACUUCUAGAACAAGCUUGAUUGACUCUAGCUCAUUGUCUGCGGGCCUUAGCGUAUCCUAUUCAGAUAAAUUAUUUUACAAUCACAUAGACAAUCUUAAGCCAUCGCUUCAGCCAGUCAAAGAACUUAAAACAACUGUUGGACAGAUUUUGCAUGUUGAUAGAUCCGUAUUAGCAGUAGAGCAGAACAAAGUACUAAUUCCCCCUUUUUACAAUAAGUAUGUUGCAUGGGGAUUUGCCGACCAUUCUUUAAGGAUUGGAAAUUAUGACAGUGAAAAAGCGAUUUUCGUUUCUGAAAUAAUGAUGCAAGGAAGUGGAGAAAUAAUGACUUGUGUAUGUCCAUCAUCUAAAUUAAUUGUCACUGCUGGUACCAGCUCUGUUCUUACUGUAUGGGAAUAUUCAAAAAAACAGCUGACGAUAAAACAAUGUCUUUAUGGUCACAUAGAUUCUGUUUCAUGUCUUGCUGCAAGCCCUGCUUUUAAUAUUAUUGUAUCUGGUUCUAGAGAUAGUACGGCUAUUAUUUGGGAUCUUUCGCGAUCUUUAUUUGUGCGACAGCUUCAAGGACAUGCUGGACCGGUCGCUGCAGUUGCAAUUAAUGACUCAACGGGUGACAUUGGAACUUGCGCUGGCACAUGGUUAUAUGUUUGGAGUAUUAAUGGUCAAGAAUUGGCCAAAGUAAAUACCUGCAUUGGAAGAUCUGACAGAAUGCAACAAAUUUUAUGCAUAGCUUUUAGUCAUAUUUAUGAAUGGGAUCCUAACAAUGUUAUAAUGACAGGUUCAAGUGACGGAGUCGCAAGGAACACGACCUCGUUGCCUAUCAAGCAGAAGAAUUACUCUAUACCGGACAAAAUCCGGGAUGUGAUAAAACCAUCCAAUAGUGACUGGGCAAAUUCCAUAUUCAUGAUACGUAAGAGGUAUGUCAAGUAUCGAUUUUAUCUAGACUUUCACAAGGUAAAUGCUGUGACAGUGUCCGACACGUCUCUAUCGCCUCAUAUGUAUACCACCUUGCAUAAACUGAGGAUGGCAUGCUGUACUUCAACUCUCGAUCUCGGCAGCGCAUACCACCAGAUACCAUUAGCCGAGAAGGCUGAGCCGUGGCUGAUUAAUCGUGUCAUUAGACCAGAGCUCGAGCCCUAUGCUUACACCUGCCUCAAUGACAUAAUAAUUGUCACAGAGACCUUUGAAGAUUAUUUCAAAUGGAUAGAGCACGUCAGAUACCUCGGUGUCUUCGUAAACUUAGAUAUUUUACGACUAGAUCUGGCCAAGCUGGAGUCAAUUAUGGCAUUUCUGGCUCCGAGUAACCUGAAACAGCUUAAGCGGUUUCUAAGCAUGAUUUCAUGGUACCACAAAGUUUCUACUAAACUACUCAAUGAUAGUAGAGCCGAUAAACAGGCUUCUGUGCAAGGAGCAACCUGCAAUGACCAGAUCUUAAGAGCCAGUACAUGGUUCAGACAGACGCCAGCAUCUCUGGAUUAA